AUGGAUACAUACGGAGGGCAUAGUAGUGAAAAUCUUGCAAAACUCGAGCGGUUCUCGGAAGACUUGGACAAAGCCGAACUGGUCCCUCAAAUGGAAAUGAGGAGACGUGGCGCAACUGAGGUGGGCAGCUCCAGCUCUAGGUUCCGCGGCAAAUUUCUGACUAGCCAAUACUAUGAACCAUAUAAAGACUUACCUCUUUCCUCGAUGACUCCCGAAACUGUACCCAAAGUCAAAAUAAUGAAGACCGCUACGGCAGACAAACCGGCAGAAGAAGACGCCAUUGCUGUACACAGACACUAG